UUGCAAUGAAAGCCAUAAUCCAGCGUGUUAAUUCUGCAAAGGUGAUGGUUGGUGACGAGCUGGUAAGCUCGAUCGGUCGUGGACUGUGCGUACUGGUUGGCAUUUCUUCCGAUGACAACGCAAACGAUGUGGAGUGGAUGUGGUGCUCGGAAGCUUCUAAAUCUGCGUCUGUUCGAUGAGCCUGGCAGCGGUAAAAGAUGGACUGAUUCAGUCGCUGAUCAACAGCUAGAAAUAUUGUGCAUCAGUCAGUUUACGCUGUACCAUCGGUUGAAGGGGAAUCGACCAGAUUUCAGCCGUGCCAUGCAGGGACCGGC